CAUGAGGUGUUUCGACGGACAAUGCCGUGGGUGGUCAAAAGGUCUCAACGGCGCUGGUGUUAACAAAAGCUGUAAAUUCACAAUCAGACUAUGCCAUUGCAGGGGGCGUAGCAGGAUCUGUGUUUGUUUGCCUGGCUUCGUUUUCCCUUUUAUUUAUAGUAAAGAAAAUUCGAAAUAGACGCAGAGAGAAUUCGAUAAAGGAAUUUGAAUCCUGGAUCACAAACCGCUCCAAAACGACAAAUUCCCGAAAUGAUGCAUUGCUUGAGCUGGAACAGUUGAACGAAGAAAGCGACCUCCAGCCAGAAGAAAUCUCAUAUGUAACUAUAUUGAAAGACUGGGAAAUUUCGCCAAACCACUUGCACAUAAUGGAAAAAACACUCGGGGCUGGACAAUUUGGAAUCGUUAAACAAGCUUCAUAUACGGCUCCGGGACACGAUAAUCCUGAACUUGUUGCUGUCAAAAUGUUGAAAGAUACUGCGAAGGAAUCUGAUAUAUCUGAUCUUUUGGCAGAGUUGGAGAUCUUGAAAAAAAUUAACAAAGAACGUCAUCCAAAUGUAAUACGAUUUAUAGGCGGAUGUGUUUUGGAAGGAAAACUAAUGGUGGUGACAGAAUUCUGCUCUGCUGGAAAUCUUCGGAAAUUUCUGAGAAAAAGCAGAGUUAUUAAUAGACAUGAAUCGCGUAUAACUUCUACUUUGAACGCUCGUCAACUCUUGAAAAUGGCUGUUGAUGUGGCAAGUGGAAUGGCGCAUCUUUCGAAUCAAAAGUUUGUCCAUCGUGAUUUGGCAGCCAGAAAUAUCCUUCUUGCUGGUGAAUUAGAUAACGUUGCAAAAAUUUCUGAUUUUGGUUUGGCGAGAGAUAUUGCAAGUGCUGAGGAAUAUAUACGAAGCAAUCAGAAUCUUCUUCCUGUUAAAUGGAUGGCCUUGGAGAGCCUAAUUCAUGGUAUAUUUACAACAGCCAGCGAUGUAUGGAGUUUUGGCGUCCUUCUUUAUGAAAUCGUGACUUUGGGUGAAGAGCCAUACAAGGGGAUAUCACCGUAUAACAUAAUCAAUCAUGUCGGAUCCGGAUGCCGAAUGCCAAAACCACUUCACUGCUCAAGUGAAAUAUACGAAAUAAUGUCAAACUGUUGGAAGGUGAAUGCGAAGAAUCGACCAACCUUCUCUGAAAUCCGCCAACGUCUUCAUGAUUUGAUGAGUAAUGAUGAGAAAUCUUACAUCAAUGUAAAGCAACUAAAGGAUGGAAAGCUUUGUUUAACGAUCAACCCAGCUGAGGUUGAGCUCACGGAUGAGAAAAAAGAUGAUGUAAAAUGAUGUCCGCUUGAAGAAACAGUUUCUAUUAAAUAUGGCUGAUAAUUAUGAGAAUAAUGUAGUUGUUCUCACGGUUUUUCUAUAUUUUUUUAUAUCUAACAGCGAUCCCAUAGGCUUAGCUUUUUGGUAAUCACACGAAAUUGAUAGAGACCUCAAAAUCGUAAUCACGUUAUGAAUUGUCAUUCUCUGACGAUAUUUUAUCCUUGAAAGUAAUAUUGAAUUUAGCAUUUUAACAACAUCAAACAGCGAGUGAAUAAUUAGAUCAGUAGGUGUGAUUUAUUUAUCUUCUUGUCUAUGGCCCUAAGCAAAGUGUCUCAAAGAAAAAGAAAAAAGAAGAUCAACUGUCAACUAACAAACACAACUGAACAUGAGUUUGACAAACAUGAAGUUACAAAAGAAGAACAAGCGUGGAUGUUUUACAAGUCCAAUGUGGACAGAAGUCACCUUAAUUUUUUUUUAUCUCGCAAUGGAUCGCCGGUCCAUUACAGGAAAGUGCCGGUCCAUAACGGGAAAGUGCCAGUCCACUACGGAAAAGUGCGGGCCAUUACGGGAAAGUAAUGGACCCCUGAAAAUUCUUCUCAGCGAAUCACUGAGCUCCAUUUU